AUGCUUCCAGGCCGUAAGCGCCGCGCCGAGCCCCUAGAUGACUACCCCGAUAGCUCUCCAGCUCCAGCAGCCCGGGCGACGCAACAAACGCAGCGAGGAGGACAACAGACACGCCGGCAGCAAUCACCAGACUCUGAUGCAGAGGAUUUCGUGGACGGAGACGAGGGCGGGGAGUCGGACAAUGCGAGUAUACAGCAGCUUGCGAAGAAUCUCGUGAGAUACGCGCUCUCUUGCGAGUACGCACGCGUUCCACUUCGGAGGCAGGAUAUCAGCACAAAAGUACUUGGUGCGCGCUCCAGAGCCUUCAAAGAGGUGUUCGACGAAGCCCAGGUCAUGUUGCAGGAUAUAUUUGGCAUGGAAAUGGUGGAACUUGAGAAGAAGGAGAAGGUCACGAUAUCACAGAAGCGAGCGGCACAAAUGUCGCAAAACGCCUCCAAAACCAGCGGACAAUGGAUACUCAAGAACGUCCUGCCCAAAAAAUACCUAAACGACGAUCGCAUCCUCAGCCCUCCACGAGCUCCUACGAUAGAAGCAGAAUCGCAAUACGUGGGCCUCUACAGCAUGGCUGUCUCCCUUAUCUUGCUAGCAGGCGGCACCCUACCAGAGGCGAAGCUCGACAGACAUCUGAAGCGCCUCAACGCAGACCAAUCCACUCCAAUCGACAAGACGGACAAGGUGUUGGCGCGAAUGGGCAAAGACGGGUAUAUUAUAAAGGUCAAGGAAAACCAGGGAGGCGAAGAGACCAUCGACUACGUGGUGGGACCGAGAGGGAAGGCAGAAGUGGGCGCCGAAGGUGUGGCAGCCUUCGUGAAAAGGGUAUACGGCGAGGAGGCGGACGACAGCUUGCACCAGCGGCUGGCGCGAAGUCUUGGUCUGAGUGAGCGGGGCGCUUGGGAAGCUGGCCCUGCGACACAGAGGAGAGAUCGCGGCAGGCCUCGACGACCAGACAGCAACGAGGAGGAGCAGGACGAGGACCAGAGCGAGGAGGACUGA